AUGAGUGUCAUGAUGUGUCUCCUCACUAGUGCACCGUGGGCUCUGAAUGUAAUUAUUUUUCAUUGAAGACUAGGCAAAUAAUAUGAUUUUUUAACAGAAAUAGAGGUUUAGUCAAUUAAAACCAUUACUCUUUUACAAUACGUUAAGGUUCAUACUUCCUCAGCUUUCGUAUUCGUUGUAAAAUAUAACUUAAACAUAACUUGUAUUACAAUAAAAAUUAUGUAAUUAAGGAUUGUUACCAACGAUUUUUUCCUCAAACUUUUGAAUACUUUUUCCUCAAAAUAGUAGGUGGCAGUUUUUACCCAACGAACGGUAAGUCACGUGACAACGCGCGUGGCAGUGGCAGGCUGACCUGUGGCGCGAAGCGCGUGAGUCCAUCUUUCUCGUGUCACGCAGAUCAUCUUUGCGGAGUAGAGAAUGAUCUCUUUAAAAUUUUGAAGCCAAGCCACAACUGGACGCAAGAUUGAUGGACAAUGUUUCAGACCCUUGAUACUGGUUUACAUCUUUAUCACUCAAGCAUGUCCUUAAUGGAGCUCCAACAUGAGAAAAGUGAGCGUGUGUACACCAGAAGGCAGACGAGUGCUGAGAUAGUGUCAGAGGCCCGUCGCUCUCUCCGAAGUCUUACCACACAACGACCCUUCACCCCUCAAGAGCAGCAUCGGCAGCUUUUUGGAGAGUCAUCCUCUCGUGCACGUGACGGACGUCCACCUUCUGCAUUUAGUCUUCAUGCCCGGAAUUUUGAAGCACCUGACUCCAGACCAGGUUCUGGAAGCCGUCUCAGCCCACUGGAACAUAUACCCAGGCUGUCUGCGUUUCGUGAUGAGGAUGGUCGUGAGGAGGAAGCAGCUCUCCCCAAACCCCCUGCUGAGCGAGAGAAUACCAGGAGAGGUUCAGGAGGGUGUCGAGCCAGACAUCUUAGAACGUCAUCCAUUAACAAGCUACCACUCAUGACAUCACAGUCAAAGAGUUUAGAUAGGUCUGUAGAAGAGAGAAUAGACCAACCAGAAGAUGGAGAAAGGCUACAUUGUGAUGAUGUCACAGGGCAUAUCACAAAAGCCUCCUCAGAAGCUGUCCUGCACACAAUUAACAAAAACAGUAGGAUAGCGCAGUCAGCCCAAAAUGAUGUGUCCAGUGGAUCAAAACCAGAUGCUUAUCAUGGACUUAAUGACACAGAUGCAGAUGAUAACAUGGAUGAAUCUCACUACUGGAACUCUAAAGUCCUUCCCCUCCUUCAUGAAAUCGAGUCCUUUGCACCAGGUGACGGAGUGUCAGAAGAAAUGGUGGGACGCAUGUGCCACGCAUGCACUGAACUCCAUAAUGCCCUGGCUGAGAGAGGCAUGCUGGGAAGACAGUGUAAAAAGAGGUCCACUAUCCUAAGAUCGCUCUUCAGACUUGUAGAUGUGGGAUCUGAUCGACUUAAUCUUACCUUAGCCAAACUCAUUUUGGCACUCAAUGUGAGUGGAAACAACUUGGUGAACAUCUGCAAGCUCAUCUUCAAAAUCAGCAGGAACGCCAGUAAUGACACCCUGUUCCUCACCAGCUCCGUCCUCGACUCGCUUCUUUCUCUGCUGAAGUCUGAAGAUGUGUGGAGUAAAAGUGAGGCCGUGCUGUACUGCGUCGGCUCACUGAAACUCCUCUCAGGAAACAGCGCCCUCGCCAGUCUGCUGCUGGGUAAAGACUUCAUCGGGAUACUGCUGCUGCUAUCGAAGAGGCUGAGACAUUGUAUUCCUCAAACUUCAUCCAAUGUAACCAAUCACAGGGCAGAGGGUCAGAAUGUCAUUGCAGGACACAUACUGGUACAGGUCACUGCAGCUUUGAGAAAUAUAGCUGACCAGUCUGAGUCUCGGCCUUCUUUCUUAUCCAGCAAGGCCUUUGUUACUCUAUGCUGGAUUGUGGAGAACCACCGCCACGACACUGACAUAUGCAUUAAUGUGGCCCGGAUAUUCAGCAAGCUGUCAACCUACACUGAGUGCUGUUAUGCUCUAGCUGAAACACCACGCUGCUGCAGCCUAUUUUUAGACCUGCUGGGCAAACACAGCCGGAAACAGGACUUGGUAGUUCGUCUCCUGUUCACACUGGGGAAUUUAACAGCCAAGAGCAUUAAAGCAAGAGAACGGGUCUAUGAGGAGGAAGGGGGAAUAGACGCCCUCUUAGAUCUUUUCCAGAUCUACCAGAGAAAGCCUUCGGCCCCUGAGCAACAUCCUGCUCCUGAAAGAGAGGACGUUCUCAUCAAACUGAUCCGACUGCUGGCAAACCUGGCCAUUCAUCCCACCGUGGGCACAGCGCUGGCUGCCAACCCUUUGUGUGUUCAGCUUCUACUACAAGUGUUGGAGUCCAGAUGCGUGCAGGAGUGUGAAGAGCUAGUGAUUAAUGCUGCCGCCACCAUCAACAACCUGUCUUUCUACCAGGGAGAGAGCUCGUUGGUCCGCUCCCAGUACAAACACAUCUCCCAGUUGCUACUAAAGCUCUUGUUGGGCUCCAGUAUGGAAGGUGUAUUGGAGGCCACACGUGUGUUUGGAAAUCUUUCUCAGAUCAAAGAUGUGAGGCGCUUCAUCGUGCAGCACAAAGUGCAUCAGUUCGUGGUGACCCUCCUAGACUCCAAGAACCCUGAUGUGUGUUUCUCUGCGUGUGGCGUUCUUAUCAACUUAUCUGCAGAUUCAGAGAAUACGGCCCUACUGAGGGUUGAGGGAACCACUCAGAAGCUUAUUGACUGUCUACGUGACUUUGGGUCUCAGGACUGGCAUCUGGCCGCUGUGGUGUGUCAGACGCUGUGGAACUGCUCUUUAGAUGGAGAGAUGCAACAUUCUGAGGAGCUGCUGAAGAUAUUAAGGCUCUACACAGACAGAGAACUUCUGCAGUGGCCUUCAAAUGAUGGAGUCAGACAGGUCCAGGAAGCAUGCUGGGAGUUGCUCUUUUUGCCUGUGGCUGAGAGGCUAAGACAACGUUUACAUGUUGAAGACAUUACUGGAAUCAGUUAGUAAGCUUCUCUGAUCUUCACACUCACAGUCACAUAUGAAUGUACGUACAGAUGGACACAAAAGGAGCGAGCCAGCGUGUAUGUGGCACUUUAAUACCCUGUCACUUUCGAUGCAUUAAAGUUGAAAUGUGAAUUACAACUAACCAAUGUGUUGAACAGCUUUAGUUCAAAGGCCGUGGUCUUGAUUCUGGUGUUUUUAGCUUAAGCUUUUAGAUUGAAAAAUACUAGAUUUGUUUUAUACAAGCAUUAUGUCUAAGCUGAUCUAUUUGUAAAAAGCACUCGUGACCAUCUCAGUGAUCUGAAAGACUUUAUUAAAACAUUUCAGAAGGAACACAGAAUAGAAACAUUGUCACUUUCUUAAUACAAUCACAUCAAACUGAUAUAUUAUGGCACUCGCUUUCCUCUUCUUAACGGUUAUGCUUCACAGCUACAGUCUGUACAAUAAUAUUCAGUUUACACAGCUGCCCUAAAGGUGAUCUGAAUGUGUUUAAAUGCACAAAGCCAACGAUGGGUGGUCAUUUUGUUUAACUGUGGUGAGGUUAACGUUAACCCCCUCACAAGUCCAGCGUGUAUAAACAACACAAUUUAAUAUAUUUUUUAUAUCAAAGGGACUUUUCCAGACAACAGUGGGAAUGUUUACAGUUUAAAAGGGGGGAACUCGGUUCCACAAAUUUGAUUUUUUCAAUUAACAGUAAGUGUGGUGAUUUCCAUACAAAAUGACCAUGUACUUGCAUUAAAAAACAUCAGCCUCAUAUAGAUAGAUAAUCACAGAUACAACAAAGGAAAUUACCAGCAGUGUAAGGGAAAUUAUUAUUUGGAUUGCUUCCAUUGUCAACAAUGUUACUUCCUUUAAUGCUUGCUGUGAGAUAAUGAAUGCCUUUAGCACCGUGUUUAAGUCAUUAGUGUGAGGGCAGUUUUCUAAAGCCCUAUAUUAUUUCUGCUGGUGAGUGGAUAUUUAUGAACUUAAAAAUGUAUUUUUUUGUAUCUAUGUGAACUAUGCCUAAAAUAGAAACGCAAAAGAAUUGAAAGCUUAU